UGCACCCCGAAGAGGUUAUAUAAUAUAAUAAUGCCGGCUAUAAAUUCAUCUGGUUCUAUGAAGCAACUUCCUAAUAUUUAACUCGAUUCUCCCCAUUAUUAUCUUGAAAACUGAAACAUGCCUUGAAAGUUUUGAGCGACUGAGCGGACUGAGCAGACUCGCAUAAACACUUAUUUCGUCGGAACUGCGGUUGGCUUCGGCUGGUUUGGGUGCAUACUCCAAUUCUGAAACAUCGUCGAGCUUAGCAUAUGUCAGAAAUGUUGCAGUUGUCAGUGUCAAUAAUUGUUAAUUUAUAACUUUAGUCUAGUGUCAAGUGUGGUGAGGCUUUGUCGGUCAAAUUUCUAAGCCACUGAUAAAAAAAGCCUGUAAAAUUUAGAAAUGUUAUUCUGUGCGAGUGUGAUUCGACCCAUUCAACAGUUUGUCAAACGUACUUCCUGUGGGAAAACUCGGUAACGAUUCUGUGUUUUUCGUGAUGUAGUUUUUUAGCAAACUGCCUAGUGUUGAUGUUUUAUUGUAAACUGUUGACAAUGGGGCUGUCCUUUGCUAAACAAUCGGACGACAAUGGCACGGAGCUUCCGGAAUCCACAAUCUCCGGAUCCAAGCUGCAUGGCAGACAAGCCAGUAUCAGGCAGAGCACCAUUAAAGCAAAGGAGAAACAGGCGAUGCCUGACCCUGGAGAGUUGGAACGGCGCUUUACGAAAGUGCUGGCAUCUAUGGACCUUCCACCUGACAAAGCCAAGCUACUGAAAAGCUAUGACUCUGAAAGGAAAUGGGAUAUUAUCUGUGAUCAGGAAAUGGUGCACGCGAAAGAUCCGCCAUCGUACUACCUAAAUAAGCUAAGAACUUAUCUCGAUCCUAAAGCCUCCAGAAGUCAUAGAAAACGAAAAUUGGUAGUUGAAUCGACAUCAACUCAAGUUUUGAGAGACUUAGAAAUAUCUCUGAGAACGAAUCAUAUAGAAUGGGUCAGGGAAUUUUUAAAUGAAGAAAAUACUGGUUUGGAUCUAUUAAUCGAUUAUUUGAGCUUUCGCCUGGGGAUGAUGAGGCAUGAGAAUAGAAUUGCGGAGUCACGCUCAUCAUCAGAGGAAAGACUUACCCCAAAUACUCAACCUACUUUAGGGUCAAGUACUUUUGAGAAAAGUGUUGACAAACCGUUUGAGAGAUCUAAUGGUUAUACAAGAAUGGCUUUAGAUGUGAGUGGAAGUCCCAGUUUGAAAAGGCGAUCGAAACAUGUAGCCAAAUUAAAUAUGGGCGAAUCCAAGGACGAUAUUCAUGUUUGUAUUAUGUGUAUGAGGGCGAUAAUGAAUAAUAAAUACGGAUUUAAUAUGGUGAUUCAACAUAGAGAAGCCAUUACUUGUAUAUCCCUCAGUCUAAUGCACAAAAGUCUCAGAACCAAAGCCUUAGUAUUAGAAUUGCUUGCAGCAAUAUGUUUAGUAAAGGGCGGACAUGAAAUAAUAUUGUCGGCUUUUGAUAACUUUAAAGAGGUUUGCCAUGAAACUCAUCGUUUUCAAACAUUAAUGGAUUACUUUCUCAACUACGAAGUGUUUCACAUAGAGUUUAUGGUCGCUUGUAUGCAAUUUGUAAAUAUAAUUGUCCAUUCAGUGGAAGACAUGAAUUUCCGAGUGCAUCUUCAGUAUGAAUUUACUGCACUGGGUUUGGACAACUUUUUGGAAAAGCUGAGGUUCACGGAAAGCGAAGAGCUGCAUGUGCAGAUAUCAGCCUAUCUAGAUAAUGUUUUUGACGUGGCAGCUUUGAUGGAGGACAGCGAAACUAAAACGGCGGCGCUGGAAAAAGUAGCUGAACUGGAAGAUGAGCUGGCACAGAUGCACGAACGAACCCAUGAUAUUGAACAUGCCGCUUUAGAGAAAAUCGCUAUGUUAGAGACUGAAUUAAUACAAAUAAGACAAGAAAAAGACGAUAUCCUGGAGUGCAAAAAGAAAGCCGAUGAGGAAGUGUCGACGUUAAGGCGAGUAGUACAACAUCAUGAGCAAGAAUCGAAAAAUAGACAAUCCUUGUUUGCAAAUAAUCUUGGGGGAUUGGGAGGAAAUGGGUCACCAACAGACUCUUCAGCUCAGAGCAAUUUAGGUAAACACAUUUACCACAUUAAUAGUUUCUUGAAUGUUUACAUUGUGUUUUUUUAUUUAGAUUCCGGCAUUGAAUCUCACUCUGUGGCCACUUCAGUUUUACCAUCUCCGGUUCCACCACCGUCUCCACCAGUAGCGCCAGCUGCACCUCCACCACCUCCAUGUCCGCCCCCACCACCGAAACCACCUUCCAUGAUGGGAAUUCCUUCCGCACCCAUUCCUCCGCCUCCUGCGGGUUUUAUGCAGGCACCAGAAGGAGCCAUGACCAUUAAGAGGAAGGUUCAAACCAAGUACAAAUUACCAACGAUAAACUGGAUAGCCCUCAAACCCAAUCAAGUAAGAGGUACGAUAUUCAACGAACUAGAUGAUGAUAAACUCUACGCACAUAUAGACUUUGGAGAGUUUGAGGAAAAGUUUAAAAUUGGAGCUGCAGGAUAUCUGGCUAACGGUAACUCGGAAACUGAUGGACUUCAUACAUUCCCUAGUAAGCGAUUCAAAAAGCCAGAAAAUGUUACUCUUUUGGAACAUACGAGACUCAGGAAUAUUGCAAUAUCUCGACGAAAAUUGGAAAUGGGACCUGAAAAAGUAAUUCAAGCAAUUAACAUGCUCGAUUUGAAACAAUUAUCUUUGGAAAAUGUUGAGUUGCUUCAAAGGAUGGUUCCCACUGAACAAGAGACCAAAGCCUAUAGAGAGUACAUUCAAGAGAAGAAAAAUAUUAAUAUACUAACAGAGGAAGAUAAAUUCCUGCUUCAAUUAACCAAAGUCGAUAGAAUAUCAGCGAAAUUAUCAAUAAUGAAUUAUAUUGGCAACUUUUUCGACAGUUUCCAUCUCAUUCAACCACAAAUUCACGCCGUCAUUUCCGCUGCAAAUUCGGUGAAAACAUCUCGAAAACUUCGAUCUGUUUUAGAAAUCGUACUAGCAUUUGGAAACUAUUUAAAUAGUUCAAAGAGAGGUCCAGCGUACGGUUUCAAAUUACACUCGUUAGAUUCGUUGCUCGAUACAAAAUCGACGGAUAAGCGAUCCUGCCUGCUGCAUUACAUAGUGGCUACAAUAAGGCAAAAGUUUCCCGACUUGCUUAAUUUUGACUCCGAACUACAUUGCAUAGAAAAAGCAGCUGUUGUGUCAAUAGAAAAUAUUUCCACCGACGUUCAUGAACUGGAAAAGGGAAUGGAUGCGGUUCGGAAAGAAGCUGAAAUAAGAGGCAGGGGUAACCAUAGCUUAGUAGUGAGGGACUUCUUAGCUAACACGGAAGACAAACUUCGCAGGUUACGAAGUGAUUUUAAAAUGGCGCAAGAAGCUUUCCGAGAAUGUGUUGAAUAUUUUGCAGAAUCGUCGCGAACAACAGACGCAAACACUUUCUUCUCUUUGCUAGUCCGAUUUGUAAAAUCCUUCAAGAGUGCAGAUCAAGAAAACGAGCAGAGGAGAAGACUGGAGUUGGCGGCCCAAAACGCCAACAAUGCAUCAAAUGAGGACGUUUAUAAGAAACCCAAAUUUAAUCCGAAAAAGCAGCAGGACGCUGUGAUAAACGAACUUAAAACAAAAAAUCGAAUGGUUCAUGAGAAGAAAAUCCUACAGCAGGAUGAAGUCUAUAACGGAGCACUUGAGGACAUUUUGCUGGGCUUGAAAAGUGAACCAUAUAGAAGAGCGGACGCAGUCAGGAGAAGUCAACGAAGAAAGAUUGAUAACAAUAGACUGUCCAAAACCAUGGAUGAAAUAGAGAUUUAAUAUUGUAUUCGAAUUAUUAACUAUUAACCAACAUGUACAGUUUUAUACGGACAAUUUACUGAUGUUAAGUUAUGUUUCAAUGUGGUAGUAGUUUUGCCUUGUGCUUACCAGGACUGUUUACAUAUUUCAUAUUAUGUUGAUGCCGAUUUUUUUCUGUGCUUUGAUAAUUAGUUAUAGACAUACUCGAAUUCCAAUUUCUUUUGCUGUCUUAGGAUAAUUCAAAACAGAUGUUCGGAAAGAAACAUGGUUUUAGUUCGUUUUCUAGCUGCCCAACUUUAGCAAACGAUAGAUAAAAAGUUGAACAUGAAUGUGAGUUUGCUAUUUAAACAAACCAUUUUUGUCACUUUUUAUAUGUUAGUAAAGUUGUUGCAGUAAACUUAAAUUGCAAGUUAUUUUUCAGCUUGUUUUACUAUUUUGGAUAUUUCAGGACAGUAACAUAUUUUGUAAGCAUUUCUAUAUUUUUAUGUAAGUUUAAAGGACAAAUAACACUUGGACAUUCCUUUUACUAGCCGUAACAAGAUGAGUAUCAACAUAAUAUGUAAAUACUUUGUCUGAAAAUGUGAGACUAGGUUUAAAUUUAAGACUUUCCGUGCCUUUUUAGAUACUAAUUAUUUUUAUAACUGUUCCAAAUUUUAUGCGAAUAAAUUAAUAUAUUGUGAUAA